GCCUCACAACACAAACAAACAUCAGCCACCAAGCCACUCUCACUUUCACUCGUCUACAAACAGGCCCGUAUAUACGCUCGUGCCUCAUAAUGCGGUCCCUACGCCCAUCAGCAGCGCGCAGGUUCGGCGCAUCGCUCACGUCUAAAUCCCCCACCACAAUCCCGUUCCGCACGCGACGAAUCCCACCACCAUGCCUUCUCUGCGCACACCGCAUACCACCCCAAUCAAUAUCUCGCCGCUUCCAAUCCACGUCCACAAGUUCAAAUACUAUCGAGAAGCCGUUUGAAAGCCAAAACGCCAAACAACAGCAACAACCACAAAACUACUACUCCUUUUUCCCAGAAACGCUGCCAGCAGGCCCCCCACCAAACGGCCCUUUUGACAUCGAUGUCAAGGCGCUGAAGAAAGAAUUCCUAAAACUGCAAUCCACCGCGCAUCCAGACCUCCACCAACAAGCGGACAAGAAGCGCGCUGAGGCGCACUCUGCGCAAAUAAAUGAAGCCUACAAAACACUUGAGAACCCACUGUUACGAGCGCAGUACCUGCUUUCCAUGCGCGGCGAGGAGCUGGAGGAUGAGACAGCGAAGGUUGACGAUAUGCAGUUGUUGUUAGAGGUUAUGGAGACGAGGGAAAUGCUCGAAGAGGCAGAGUGGGAUGGGAAUUUAAAGGAGAUUUGGGACAAGAAUGAGAAUAGGAUAAAAAAGAACGUCAAGGCUAUUGAUAGGGCAUUCAAGAGGGAUGAUUUGGAAGCGGCGAAGAAGGCGGCAGUUAGUUUGAGGUAUUGGGUUAAUAUCAGGGACACUAUUCUGGAGAAGGAUUAGGUGUGGUUGUUGUAUUGUAUCAGACGUAGUUAUAGAUAUUGGUGUAAAUAUGGGAGGUGAAGGAAGGCGAGGAUGGCCAACAUCAUUGUAGAAAUCUAAUAUUCACCAAGCAUGAA